AUGGUUAGAACUAGAGGUUUUGGUCGGGCUUUAGGCCGAGCAAUAGGAAAAGUCUUGGGGAGGAAAGAUGUGAGUGACGAUGAUGCCCCCCAACGGCGAAGGCCUAUUGCAUUAGCCCGUAGACAGCGACAACAACAGCGUGUUGUCAAGGACCCUCCUACGGCCGCGGAGGAAUUGAUCGACGAGCAGCCAGAAGCACCUACUGAAGAAGUUGUUACUAAUGUUGAGGGUUUUCCAAGCGGACCCCAUGACACAUCAAUUCUCACAGAUUUUGAAAAUAACAUUGCUUUGAGAGUUUGGAAUGGAGAUGAAUGUUCUGAGUUGAAGCUAUCUUCCCAUGGAAGGAAGAUGGCUAAGUUCGAGAGGCCUGCUCCACAGAUUGAAGGCAUUGUGGCAGUCAGUGGACUAAGUCCUUUGAUCGCCUAUUCCCUAGAUACGGGUGAUUGGGGACUAAUGUCUGCUUUUAUGGAAUGCCGACAUAAGGAAACUAGCAGUUUCCAUUUGCCUGUCAGAGAGAUGACUAUCACCUUGGAUGUCGUUGCGUCGUUGCUACAUCUGCCUAUUGUAAGGGUGUUCCAUAGCUUCAAGCUACUUCAUGUCGACGACGUUGUCGAAAUGUUGGUGGAAUUACUCGAGGUCAGCGCUGCAGAGUGUUGGAUCUACGAUCAUUUUUCGUCCGUUGGUUCCGCUGUUCCUGCCGAGAAUUAUGAUGAGAGGAGCCGCGUGCAUGUCGAUGGACCUUUGGCAAGACACUGCCCGUUUCCACGUAUCAGAGGCGUCUGGAUAGACCGACCCUUGAUGCGAUGGGGCCUCUUGACAGUCAUUCACCGACCGGAGAGGGUUGUACGACAGUUUGGCUACAUCCAGACUAUUCCGCCACAUCCUGCUGCAUCUUCGCUCUCUGUUGAAGAAAUUAAUGAUAGAUGGAUGCAGUUUGGUGAGUACAUUGCACCUGUAGGGCAAUUAUGUGCAGUGUCUGACCACUGUUCGCCAGAUUACAUGGAUUGGUUUUACAUGAUCUCGCACCCAUUCAUGAGUUCGGCACAGUCAGGGGAUCCUCCUAGAGUUCCAUCGAUUCAACAAUAUGAAGAAUUUGUUGAACCAGAUAUGUAUCAGCAACCGAUGGCGACAGUGGCACCUAAUGAGGAUGACUUUGUAGCAAUUGCUGAUAAGUUGGACAGGCUACUGAACCUGAGGAUCUUGAUCGAAGGAAUAGAAGCCAAUACUAUUGUUGAAGAAUGUGUGAGCAUCACAAGACGCUACAUUGGCCAGCCUACUGUAGGUCACAGAUUGAGGCGUAGGCGACAUACGGAUGGUCAUUGA